AUGGCCUCACCGACUCUCCGCCAGCAUUCGUUUCAAGUGUUCCGCGAUGUCCCUCCUCUUCGAGAGCUACGUCGGCAGUUGCUGUUAUCGAACAGAACAAUUGGACUUGUUCCCACCAUGGGAGCUUUGCACGAAGGCCAUCUCUCGUUGAUCCGCCAGGCAGCGGCGGAGAACACCGAUGUCGUUGUCAGCAUCUAUGUCAACCCAACACAAUUCGGCGUGAACGAGGAUCUUGCAAGCUAUCCACGUACAUGGGAUAGUGAUGUUGUCAAAUUGGAGCAGUUGAAUGAUGAAUUGGUUCGGCAAGGAGACAGCCAUGGCCGCAUCACGGCAAUCCUUGCUCCUACAUCCAAAGUCAUGUAUCCCACGCUACCCCCUUCAUCGGAAAUAGACGGCGACGGUUCCUUUGUCUGCAUCACUCCCCUUUCAAGGAAGCUCGAAGGUGCCUCUCGCCCGGUCUUCUUCCGUGGAGUUGCAACCGUGUGCAUGAAGCUUUUCAACAUCGUAGGUGCCGACCGCGCUUACUUCGGCCAGAAGGACGUUCAACAAACCGUUGUUAUCCGACGGAUGGUCAAGGAUUUCCAUAUCGAUACAGAGAUCAAGAUUGGUGCUACUGUCCGCGAACAGGAUGGGUUGGCAAUGAGCUCCAGAAAUGUCUACCUGGGAACUAGGAGACGUGCUGUUGGCCUCGCUCUCUUCCAUGCCUUGAAAGCAGCUGAAAAUGCUUACCUUUCUGGCAAGACUGACCGGAAGGACAUUCUCGACUCGGCCACUCAAAUAACGCAGAAAGUCCUCAACGAGCAGCGGGCUUUGCAACCGUCAGAAAGAGCACUCUAUGAGGUUGACUACAUCUCCCUCGCUGAUCCUGAUACGCUGGACGAGCUGGACGUCGUCGAUCCCUCGAGAGGAGCCAUCUUAAGCGGUGCAUUGAAGAUGGCGCCGCUGGAGGAAUCUACGCCUGGUGAAGAUUGCGGCCUUGGGGACGGAAAAGUUCCUGUCCGGCUGAUUGAUAAUCUGAUUCUGAAUCCUCGGGCAUGA